AAACACAAUACCACAAACAUAUUUAAGGCCACAAAAACAUUAUAAACAAUAAUACUAGCAAGAUAGAUAAACAAUACAACAAGUAAUAAUGAAGAUAAAGGCCUCUACCAUCCCACCACACAGUCACAAACACUUCCCCUUUCCCUCCAAAAAUCGCACGCCACAAUGGGGUGCACCUCAUCCAAGCGAAUCGAGGUCGCCGUCGACGCCUACCGCCCCCCGCCGUCGAGCUUCGCCGUCUUCGACGUCAACGCCAUCGAGGAGCCCUGGCUCAAGGACGGCAGCGACGCCGACCGGGACGACGAGAAGCCUCCGCCCGUGCCGCCCCCACUCCUCGACAAGCUCAACGGCGCCAUCGACGCCGCCCCCCGCACCUGGGAUGAAGUCAGCAAGGCGCUCGAGGAUCUCAAGCCCAAACUCGCAGCCGCGGCCCUGCCGCCGCCGCCGCCGAAUCCAGUUGAGGCAGAAUCGCCUGCAGCGGCGCCCCAGGCGAUGCGUAAGAACUUCUCCUUCCACACCCUAGAAGAGCUGGAGACGAAAGUUGCAGCCAAACCAGUAAGCGAGAAGAAGCGAGUGGAGCCAGCAGCAGCGGUAGUAGCCGUGGCGAGAUCGCUGAAAGACAACAUCUUCAUACAGAAGGACAGGGAGGAGAGGGAGAAGGAGGGGCGGGGGGCGGGGUUCGUGAGGCGGGACCCGCUGGGGGACUUCGAGGCGAUCUGCCCGCCGGGAGGGGAGGAUGCGGUGGUGGUGUACACGACGUCGCUGGGCGGGGUGCGGCGGACGUACGAGGACUGCAACCGCGUGCGGCAGCUCAUGGAGACGUACCAGGUGGUGUUCGACGAGCGGGACGUGGCGCUGGACGGGGGCUUCCGGGGGGAGCUGCGGGGGCUGGUGGGGGAGGGGGCGGCCGUGCCGCGGGUGUUCGUCAAGGGGAGGUAUAUAGGCGGGGCGGAGGAGGUGGUGGGGCUCAACGAGACGGGGCGGCUCAGCCGGAUACUCAACUGGGCCAAGGUGGAGAGGGGGGCCGGGAGGCUGGGCUGCAGGGGCUGUGGGGGGGCGAGGUUUGUGCCGUGUUUGGGGUGUGGGGGCAGUUGCAAGAUACUUGUGGGGGGCGUCAAAGAGAGGUGUGGAGAGUGUAAUGAGAAUGGUUUGGUUCAUUGCCCCAUUUGUGUUUGAUCAAUUAGUGCUUUUCCUUUUUGCUUUUCAGAUAUAAUUGUUUGUGGGAAUUUCAGGUAUGUGUUUAGUAUAUUACUGCACACCCAUGGUUUUGUUAAUAGUGAGUUUUUUGUUGUCUUUGUAUUUUAUCCUUGUGAAUAAAAUGAGAUGAUGAGUGUAGAAUGGUGUCAAGAAAUUGGGUUUA